GAUGUAGCUGCCUGGCUUUCAGCCGCUCCGGAUCACUGGGAACGAAAGCCGCACGCAGAAGCUGCAGUUUACACUGAAAGGGAAAAAUGUGGCGAUUUCCUCUGCAAAUAAGUUAUUCAAUACUUUUACCCGCCGAUUAUUGAGGCUGAACUGAGACUCUCAGGAAGUUUUUGAACCGGCUGUCGGGAGGCACUACAGUUGGAUGUGUUAAGAAGCUCCCUUUAAUUCCACAGACCGAGCAGGCAUCUCAUGGCGAAGACCAGAGUCACUUAUGAGUAUUCCGAAGCCGAGGAUAAAAGCAUUAGACUCGGGUUCUUCCUCAUAAUCGCCGGAAUCAUUUCCCUGUUCAUCCUUGGAUUUUGCUGGUUAAACCCCACGCUGAACAACAUGCAGUGCAAGGCUGCUAACUGCACUGUGGUGUCGUUGCGGCAGCUCGGGGAGAUGUCUGAGUGCACUUUCACAUGUGGGGUAGAUUGCAAAGGGACGUCGCUCUAUCCCUGCCUCCAGAUCUUUGUCAACAAUUCCCAAACUAACAGCAAAGCGCUGCUCCAUUAUGACGAACAACAGCUCAUUCUAAACCCCAAGUGUUCCUAUAUCCCUCCUUGUGAAAGAGACAAUCAGAAAAAUUCAGAAAAUGUUAUGAGUUGGCAUGAUUACUGGAAAGAGGAAAUAGGCUCACAGACUUUUAUAUGCUACAUUAAUCGGCAACGAAGACCUGAUGAUGUGCUUUUAAAGCGUGCCCAUGAUGAAAAUGUUCUUUUGCACUGUGUACUCUGGCCUCUCCUUACUCUCCUGGUGGGUGUCCUGAUUGUGCUUCUGACCGUUUGUGGUAAGAGUCUUGCUGUUCGAGCAGAAGCACUGCAGAAAAUGAAGUACUCCUAGUGAGGAGGCUGAUGAGAAGUGGCAAUCAGGCAGCGUUCCAGUAGGGAAAUAAUCAACACUGCAUUCAAAGGCAAAUCCUUGAUGGCAAAGACCUGAAAUUACUUUAUGCAAGUGCAGAUCUACAAAGUUUAGUAUGAUUUUAAGCUGCUGGGAAGGCUAGAGGCUUGAUGAUUGAUUGUAAACGCUUGUGAUUUGGCAUGAAGAUUCCAUUACAUUAUUGCUGAAAGGUUGGGGAUGGGGGAGGGAAGUGGGAAAGCAGUUGAUCAUCUUGUAACUUCCCUUCAAUUUAUUUUCAAUUCAGUUAUCCUUGUUCCCAGAAUAUAUUGUGAGCUAACUGCAACCCCAUUUCUUUGUUAACCCUAGUUAAAUGAAGGCUCCUAAAAUCUUUGCUAUUGAUGACUUUUUUAAAGAAAAUCUGUACUUUGUAAUGAUGUAAAGAUGAAAUUGUUAAUGAAU